AUGAAUGCAAAGUUACUGAAAGAACAAACUCGAAGCGUUGUAGAGGUGAUUCCAGCAACUUCGACACUCGAGACGUACAACAACAUUAACAACAGCAAACUUAGCGUCUUCCGGAGCUUGUCAAAGACUUCGACUCCAGAAACUUUGUCAAUGGCUGAAGCUUUAGGGAAAGCUGAAGUUCACCGAAAAUUGGAAACCCUGUUGCUGAAAAAGGAAAAUCUCAUUGCUGAAGCUCACGCUGUGUUGGAUCCAAAGAUUGAGAAGACGUGUUUGAUUUGCCGGAACAUGCUUGUCUCAAAAGCCGAGCUCGAAGCUGAAUUGGCUGCCGAGAUCCAGGAAACAACCUAUGCCGAUGAGGAUCUAGUAGAUUCACGGAGUGCUUCAUUGCCAAUCAACUUUCCACGCUCCGACUCACCAGAAUACGAUGAAAUCUCCGACACAGAGAUCGACCGAUAUGUCUCGAAACCGCUAGAAGAAGACGCUGUCCGCGAGAUGGACUACAAGUUCCGCGUUUUGAAAUCAAUUCUAGAGCAAAUCGAUGACAAAAACGAAAAGCAGAGACAUUUCGAAGAGAUCUACCAGGAGUAUGCGACGUGGUGUGAGGCUCGAAUCGACUCAGUCGUCAUGAUGUACUUUGUGCACAAAUUUCACACCGAGUGCGCCCUCUACAUGCGGGAACACCAUGGAAUUGAGGUCAAUGUUUGGCGAUACGAGAAUGAGCUCAUUCGUCGUACGGAGGACCCAAAAUGGACGGACGCGCAAAAGCUCAAGCGCAAAGUACUGCAAAGACGGAAAUCAAAUCCAACAAAGAAGAAAAUUUGUGCGCGAAAGGUUAAAGAUGUGUUCAACGAGUUGUUGGCUGAGGAGUUGCACAAUGUGCUCACGUGUGGCUCAUUGAGCAUUGCGAAAAUCUCGGCACUCAUCGAAUCCUCGAAAAGAAAACGCGACUGUUUCUCGAGGACUUUUGACAAAUAUGAUAAAUAUGUGGAAUUGUCUAAGCUGCUUGACGAAGUGCUCGUCGACAACUGGAUCUUUUUCUUUUACUGUCUGCCAAACAAAGGCUUCGGCGAGAGGGACACGCUGAACGAGUACGAACGAUUGAAAAUAUUUCAUGAUGAGCGAUCAGGACAAGAACUUAUUGGUUUUGCCCAU